AUGUUGCGAGUCCUUGUUGCUCUGCUAGGAUUCUUAUGCUCCCAGAUUGCGUUCGCGCAAUUCAACUUCUUUGAGCAAAUGUUCGGUGGACAUCAUCAGCAACAGCAGCAUAGGCCAUCAGGCGAGAGUUUGUGGGCUGCGCAGAGCGAGAAUGUGCAAUGCUCUUCAUAUCUUUGUCCUGAAACUUUGGUCUGCGUAGAACAUCCGGUGGAUUGUCCUUGCCCCAAUGUUGAAGAUAUCAAGUGCAUCGUCCCCGAUGUGGAUGACGCGCAGGCAGGCACACGGGUGUGCGUGCGUGGUGUAACAGAUUGCAAGGCCGUGGAGAGGCUAUCUGAAGGAUGGUAGAGGCGUGAGACGAGAUAUCUGGGGUUGGCUGAAACCGCUCAUAAUGCUAUGCUUCCCAAGCUUCAGCGAGCCAGAUUCUACCCUGUCUUCGAUUUUCGUCAAAGACCGCAUUUUUCUUUUGGUGAUCGUGCAGUCAGAGUAACCAUUGAUUACAUUGAAUCCUGUUUGCAAGA